CGUAUGUGGGUAGACUCAUGUUUCCAAAAUAGAGGGUAGAUUUUGCACCACGUCUGUCAAUCGAUUAAAGGCUAUACCGAACGUACGUGUUUUAGUGCUCUCCUCAUAUCCUGGAUUCCCUGGGCCAUCAGCAGAUAUUUCUCAGUGGCGACGAGAACAAUUGGACACUAGUGCAUUUAAAAAGUAAAAAAAUAAAAGUUGUGAUAAACAGUGUACGACAUGCCUGUGGGAAAGGUCGGACCGUUUGACCUUGUCAAUGACAAUUGGGAACUGUAUGUUGACCGUUUAGAACAAUAUUUCGUUGCAAAUGAUGUUAAAAAUGAAAUGAAAGUGGCUACGCUGAUAACAGUGAUGGGCGGUGACGCUUAUGAACUAAUGGUGAAUCUGUGCACGCCUGUGAAACCAGCGACAAAAACUUAUGACCAGCUGGUCGCGCUGAUGAAAGGUCAUUUAAAUCCAAAGCCGAGUUUGCUCGCAGAACGUUUUAAAUUCCGCCAGCGUGUGCAAAAGCGUGAUGAAAGUAUUGCGAACUUUGUAACGGAUCUUAAAAAAUUAAGUAAGGACUGCGGUUUCACAGGGGAUACUUUGAAGGAUAACUUGAGGGAUCAGUUCGUGUGUGGCCUGUCAAACGACGACAUCAGACAGAAGCUGUUCACGGAGGACGACACGAUCACGUUCGACCGGGCGUACAAGCUCGCCGUGUCCAUGGAGGCGGCCGAGGUCAACGCGGCGCUAGUAGAAGACUGUACUCGGAAUCGAUCCAGCGACAGUAUACCAGCGAGCGCGGCGACGUCGGUGCAUCAUUUGGGUCGGGCAGGCCGGGGCCGGGCGGCGGCGGACGGCGGUCGAGCAGGGGCUGGAACAGCGGGCCGCGGGAAGAUAACGAUCGGCGGCGGUCCAAGCGCCAUGAGCGGAGCGGGUAGCGGAAAGAUGCGAGGCUUCGGUCAAAACAACAACACUGAUUUGUAUGGAGUGUGUAAGGUGUGCGGAGCGAAGCAUGAGGCCGACAGAUGCAAAUUCAAGAAGUAUGUCUGCCGAGUAUGUAACCAAGAAGGACACUUAAAAAGGGUGUGUCCUAAGCUGCGGGGAGGUUCGUCCCUAUACAACGUAACGGAAGAGAAGGUUGUGUAUUUGGACCAUUCGGACAGCAGCGACAGCGACGAGUUCCAGAUACUGUGAGGUGUUUGCCUCGGGCUUGGGCCGGUUCACCGGGGGCACGGUCGGGUUCCACCUGCGGCCGGACGCGCGGCCGGUGUUCCUGCGCGCGCGCCCCCUGGCGUACGCGCUGCGCGAGCCCGUGGAGCGCGCGCUCGAGCAGA